AUGGAGAACAAGGGAAGUGGAUCCAAGACUGAAUCAAAAACAACAACUCUACCUUCUUCUUCUUCUUCUACAGAGAAAAGCGUUACCAACUAUAAGAAGAAGAACACGAAACCUUGUGAGGUAUGCGAAAGUAAAGACGAUGACGAUGAUGUAAUCAAGUGUUAUAACCCUCCUAGGUGGCUAUGUGAAGUGUGCCGUAACUUCCCUGGCUUUGUCGAAGUUAAGCCGGAAGAUGAUGCUCAAGAUUCUAAUGAAACCUCAGCGACUAAUCAAUCUUCACAAUCAGAGGCACAUACUACAAGUCAAGAAGCUUCUUCUACAGCGUCUAUCAACACAUCUCCUGAGCAGAAACAAGCAGACUCCAACACUCAGGCUGAUACUGAAACCUCAGGGACUAACCAACCUUCACAACCGCAGGCAGAUACAAAUGCAGAAGCUUCUUCUACAGCGGAGACAUGUCAGGAGCAGAAACAAUCAGACUUCAACGCUCCCUCUGAUUCGGAAUCUUCAAAGUAA